UUUCCACUGCAAUUUCCUUUCUCCAGUGGCCAAAAAAAUCCACCGACUCACGCACCUCCCCUUCUUUUCCUUCUCCGACGACAGAGGUAGCUCGCACCGAAGAUACUCCGGCGAAAUGGACUCGCACGCGCCGACUCCGAGUGGUGGUGGCGGGACGUGGUGGACGGACGAGAAGCACCUGCAUUUCCUGGACUCGCUCGAGUCAUCUUUCCUGCGCACGAUGCUCGUCAGAAGAAGCAACCGCCCUGUUCUCCGCCUCGAUCGUCACUUGCCCGAUAGCGGCGACUCGACCAGCGAUUUGACUCCUCCUGGGACGAGGAAGACCAAGACAACCCGAGAUACUUAUUGCAGAUUGGACGGCCCUGCUGCAAAGAAGUCGAGGCAUUCACGGCCGUCGCGGAAUCAUUCAUGCGAUGAUCAGGUAGUCCCCCAAAUCGCGAAAAGAGCAGCUGACGAGGAUGAGGAAGACCCCACCAAUGUCCAGGCUUCGCAAGCCAGACCCACCUGAGAAAGACCAAAAGACAAUAUCACUGUUUCUGAUUCCUCUUCGCUCUAGUCGCUUGUCCUCCGAAGCUUUGCAUAAAAAUAUGAUGAUGAUGUUAGGAAGAGAUAGGUAAAUGGUGGUGAGUUUCUUAGGAUUCAGAAAAAUUUCGGGACCAGCUAGACGGAGCUGUCGAUUGUAGCACCAAAGUCCUGAUCUUGAUUGUGAUUUGCUUUCAUUAGCCUAACUUGCAGCUGGGAGGCCAUCGCCCUCAGUUUACCAAAUUGUUUCGACUUUUCAAUAAUGCCUGUCGACAUCAGCUCGGAUUCAUUAAGAUCCUUUGGAUUUUCAUUUUCUUGGGUUUUGAUUUUUGUCGAGGUCGGGGCCUGAACUUUUGCGUGGGAGCGCAGAUAUUUUUGCAACUUUUUAGGUUUGCCAUUCGACGGUUUAAGAUUAUUGUCCGCAGUAAUGUGAUGGGGAUGGGUAGAGAUGAAGAUAACGAGCUCUUCGACAGUUGAGAUUUCGUUCUCUCCCUGUUCUUAGUCAGAUUAUAAAACCAGGACUUGGCACUGUCUAAAUCAUUCCACCUAAGAUCUUUCGACUGUCCUAGGUGGUUGCGCGUUUUAUUUCAUUUGCUAUCAAUUUCUUGUAGCACGUGCCUCGUUUUCCUAUCGUACUUGUUAAUAAUCGUGUUGACUUAGACAUCGUUUAGGACCUAUCAAUCCAGACCACGAAAAAAAGGAACGAUACCAGCUUGUUGCAUGUUCGAGUUCCCAUUGCCCCGUUUGUCAU